UUGGAGCAGUAGAAAUUCGUUUUUUUCGUGACACAUCUAAUAUUCGGUCGAGGUGUGGUUGUAAAAAUUUAUUAAAUUCCUCAUUAAUAUUAAAUAAAAAGCAAAAUUUAUUUAAUAAGUUGAUAAAUUCUAACUAAAGUAUUAAGUUAAUAUUAUAAAAAACAUAAUGGCUAACCGUUUACCGGCUUGUGUGAUUGAUGUAGGCACCGGCUAUACAAAAUUGGGAUUUGCUGGCAACAAAGAACCACAAUUUAUAAUUCCCUCGGCUAUUGCCAUCAAAGAGUCAGCUCGUGUGGGUGACACCAAUACCAGACGCAUAACAAAAGGUAUUGAGGAUUUGGAUUUCUAUAUAGGCGAUGAGGCUUUCGAUGCCACUGGCUAUUCAGUCAAGUACCCAGUCCGUCAUGGUUUGGUGGAAGAUUGGGAUUUGAUGGAACGUUUUUUGGAACAAUGCAUUUUUAAAUACUUAAGAGCCGAACCUGAAGAUCAUCAUUUUUUACUUACUGAACCUCCAUUAAAUACUCCCGAAAAUCGCGAGUAUACUGCUGAAAUUAUGUUUGAGACUUUUAAUGUUCCUGGUCUUUAUAUUGCUGUGCAGGCUGUUUUAGCUUUGGCUGCGAGUUGGGCUUCCAGACCAGUCGAGGAACGUACACUCACUGGCAUCGUUGUUGAUAGUGGUGAUGGUGUUACUCAUGUCAUUCCAGUGGCUGAAGGCUAUGUUAUCGGUUCAUGCAUUAAACAUAUACCAAUUGCUGGUCGCAAUAUAACCUCCUUCAUACAGAGUUUAUUGCGCGAACGUGAAGUUGGUAUACCACCCGAACAAAGUUUAGAAACUGCCAAAGCUAUUAAAGAGAAACACUGUUACAUUUGCCCCGACAUUGCCAAAGAAUUUGCUAAAUAUGAUACGGAGCCGGGCAAAUGGAUACGUAACUAUACGGGCAUCAAUUCGGUCACAAAAUCACCAUUCACUGUUGAUGUUGGCUACGAACGUUUCUUGGGUCCAGAAAUAUUCUUCCAUCCGGAAUUUUCGAAUCCUGAUUUUACUAUACCCUUAUCGGAGAUUGUUGAUAAUGUCAUACAAAAUUGUCCCAUUGAUGUGAGACGACCAUUGUACAAUAAUAUUGUUUUAAGUGGUGGCUCUACAAUGUUUAAAGAUUUUGGACGUCGUUUGCAGCGUGAUAUCAAACGUUCGGUCGAUACACGUUUGCGUAUUAGUGAAAAUCUAUCGGAGGGUAGAAUUAAGCCAAAACCCAUUGAUGUACAAGUUAUUACACAUCAUAUGCAACGUUAUGCUGUUUGGUUUGGUGGCAGUAUGUUAGCUUCAACGCCUGAAUUCUAUCAGGUUUGUCAUACAAAAGCUGCUUACGAAGAAUAUGGACCUGGUAUUUGUCGUCACAAUCCUGUCUUUGGUACUAUGACAUAAUCACAUUUUACACACACAUCUAAUAUUAUUUAUUUUACUGUGAAUUGGUUUUUAUAACAUUAAUAACAGAUUUUCCUGCUUUUUAAAACAGUUUAUUAUAACAUAUUUGGUAUUUUAACACAACAAGAUUGUUUUCUUUUUUAUUAUUAUUAUUUCGUUAUCAAAAAUUAUUUACUUUUAAUUCUUUUGUAUUUCUAAGUUAACUUCUUUUAUAAACCAAUAUUUUUUUUAAAUAUUCUUAACUAAGCAGUUGUGUCUUUUGUCUAGACAAUUUUCAUCAUUUAUAUAAAUGCAUUUUCCUCAGCCUGUUUAUAAGUAUUUUUGUUUUUCUUAAUUUUUAUUGUAUACACAAAGUUUUUCUCUAAUGAAACAUUUAAUUCGGCCAAAAGAAAAAAAAUACAAUUUUAUAAAAACAAAAGAAAGUAUUUCUCCAGUAUAUAAUUUCAAUAAUAAAAACGUUUUUUAAAUCCUAAGCAAAACAAAAAAUUCAUGUUUAAAAAUAUAUUAAAAAGAAAAAUAAAAAUAUCGACAGAUUUAAUCUGUUGGAGAAAUUAUUGGAAAUCAUUAUUAAAAAGA